ACUUCAGUUUUGCUGGUUUGGACAAUGGUGUUAUUGAGUAGGUACCCUAAUUGGCAACAACGUGCAAGGGAGGAAGUCUUCCAAGUCUUUGGCAAUGAAAAGCCAAGUUUUGAUGGUUUAAAUCGGUUAAAGAUUGUCACUAUGAUUUUGAAUGAGGUUCUUAGAUUAUACCCACCAGCAAUUGGAUUGGGUCGAGUUGUUAAAAGAGAUCUGAAACUUGGAAAAGUAACAUUACCUGCCGGAGUGCAUGUUUUCCUCCCAACAGUUUUGGUUCACCACGACAGUGAACUUUGGGGUGAAGAUGCUAAGCAGUUCAAUCCAGAGAGAUUUUCUGAGGGAGUUCUGAAAGCAACAAAUGGUAGAGUUUCAUUCUUUCCAUUUGGAGGGGGUCCUAGAAUAUGCAUUGGACAAAACUUCUCCUUACUGGAAGCAAAGAUGGCUUUGUCAAUGAUUUUACAGCAUUUCUCAUUUGAACUUUCUCCAGCAUAUACUCAUGCUCCAACUAUGUCAAUCACUCUUCAGCCACAGUAUGGUGCUCAUAUCAUUCUCCAUAAAGUGAAAAUAUGAAAAUAAAACACAUUAAAAGCUAGUAAUGUAAUAAAAAAAUCCCUCUUAGAUCCUGUCUUAUGUUUAAUAGUUACUUCCAUUUACAUGUUGAUAACAAUAACGCUUAUAAUGUAAUAACAAAAUGACUUCUGGGAUAUUAUCAUAUGUUUAAUGGCUUUCCCAUUUA